GCUGCCAAGGUGAUUCGCACAAUGGUCGCAUCAUCAACGUGAGCACUGCGGCAGUAGCCUUGGCGCCCUGAAAGGAUUCGGUCCCUACAUUCCGUCGAAAGCGCCGCUCCACGAAUACACAAAGAUGUUUGCUGCGGAGCUUGCCGAACGCGGCGUCACUGUCAACACCAUCCUUCCUGGUUACACGGCAACUGACAUGCUUCCGGGAGCAUUGGAAGAGCAGGGCAAGCAGGCCAGUCUUUUCAAGCGACUCGGAACCCCAGACGACAUUGCCGAUCUCGUUGACUUUUUGGUUGGGCCGACUGGCGGCUGGAUUACCUCCCAAAGCGUGCACACCUCUGGCGGCGUCUCUUUCUCCCACUAAGCUGGGAUGCUGGGACCUCCGCUGCGGCAGGCAGAUGCAGCAAAUCGUUUCUCAUCUUGUUCGUCGUCGCGAGUGAAGAAAACCAUAUUCUGUACAGACCCAAUGCUUGAAAGUAAAACUUGAAUAAAGUAAUCAAUCG